AUGCUCACUCGCCGAGGCUGCUUCUCGACCACCACCCACGAGCAUCACAGCAUGCAGGCUGUGCCUCACGACGAAACACAACGCCAACAAUCGAAUCAUACGAGCGACAUCUUCCAGGCUGAUUCGUACCCUCCCGUCGCCAAACCACGUCUGCAACCGAUCGAGAAACCCAUCGUUCCUUCGUCUUCUCACCUUACCCAAGCGUUCUCAGCGUCGGCCCCUUCCGAAGAUCAGAAGCAGGAUCCACUGGCCAACAGCAUCAUUUCUGUUCUCGACCUGCCCAAGUAG